AUGGGUGGUAUCAGAGACAAAAAAGUGCAAUACUUUGCCAAAUUAAGAGAGUUAUUGGAAGAAUACAAGUCAAUCUUCAUUGUUGGUGUUGACAAUGUUUCUUCUCAACAAAUGCAUGAAAUCAGAAAAGCCUUGAGAGGUGAUGCUGUUGUCUUGAUGGGUAAGAACACCAUGGUUAGAAGAGCCAUUAGAGGUUUCCUUUCUGAAUUGCCAGAUUACGAAAAAUUGUUGCCAUUUGUUAAAGGUAACGUUGGUUUCAUUUUCACCAAUGCUGAUUUGAAGACCAUUAGAGACACCAUUACUUCCAAUGUUGUUGCUGCUCCAGCUAAGGCCGGUGCUGUUGCUCCAGCUGAUGUUUACAUUCCAGCUGGUAAUACUGGUAUGGAACCAGGUAAGACCUCGUUCUUCCAAGCUUUGGGUGUCCCAACCAAGAUUGCUAGAGGUACCAUUGAAAUUGUUUCCGAUGUCAAGGUUGUUGAAAAAGAUGGUAAAGUUGGACCUUCCGAAGCCACUUUGUUGAACAUGUUGAACAUUUCUCCAUUCACUUAUGGUUUAACUGUUGUUCAAGUUUACGACAAUGGUCAAGUUUUCCCAGCUUCAAUCUUGGAUAUCACUGAUGAUGAAUUGAUUGGUCACUUUGUCAGUGCCAUCAACACCAUUGCUUCCAUCUCAUUGGCUGCUGGUUACCCAACCUUGCCAUCUGUUGGUCACUCUUUGAUCAACAACUACAAGAACGUUUUGGCUUUGUCCAUUGCUACUGACUACACUUUUGAGGGUUCAGAAGCUAUCAAGGACAGAUUGGCUAACCCAGAAGCUUAUGCUGCUGCUGCUCCAGCUGCUGCUGCUGCCGGUGGUGAUUCUGAACCAGCCGCUGAAGCUGCUGCUGAAGAAGAAGAGGAACAAUCUGAUGAAGAUAUGGGAUUCGGUUUAUUCGAUUAA